GCCCCGGGACCGUGGCGGAAGCCCCUGUUCGGUUAGGGCUGCACGAAGCAGCUUCCCCCGAGCCCAGGCUCGGACCCCCGAUGUCGACCUGAGACGCCCCGCGUUUGCACAGUUCUGCUCCCCGUGUGGUUUGAGUUUACGAAGAGGAAACCAGGCGCGACACGGGCUCAUAUUGAAUCUUUAACGGACGUAGCUUGGUGACCGAGUCUGUGUUCGCUUUCCCGGAAGGCGGUGCCCUUGGUUUUCCUGCUGAGCUCCUGGCUAGUUAGCAAGGCCGUGAAACUGGAAUGGGCUAGAGACGUGUAACCACCUAGACACUGCCCUCUGCAGCCCGUGCGAGUCAAGUUCAUAAACUGGCUUGUAAGGGUUGUUUAGGUCGGUUAGUCCCCGCGCUCCUCUGGGCCACCCACAGCUUCCUUCCUGCUCCGCACGCUCUAAGCUUGCAGAAACCAGCAUGGACCUCCAAGUUUCAGGCACUGAAUUUCUGGUCUAUGUUAGCCCUCCCCUCAGCCCCCAGGAGCUAGGCUGGUUUCUGCAGUUGCACAGAGCCACACUGUAGAGAUCAGAAUGCCCUACUGUCGGCCUCCGCGGGGCUCGGGUUUCUUCAGCUGCCCCAUCCGUGUCUGUAGUUGGUCCCAGGUCUCACCCCGAGAUCUCCCUGUGUGUUUGACUGAUAGACCUUUUAAAUCUUGCCUGCGAACGGCUCUCUGGCCUCUUUGCCUUACCGCUCUACAUUGACCUGUUUGCCUCCCGUGAUGUGCUUGGGUCCCCUGGAGUUGCACCUCAGCCUAGCCAGCUGCAGCGGGGACGCUGAUUAGCGUGACAGCACACAGUUCAGUUCUGCAUUGGGUACUGCUUGGUACCGCUGCAGCUCGUCGCGUGGUUACUGUUUGAACAGUGCAGCUAUAAAAUUGUUACAUAAUUGCAGAAGGUUCUUGGGAACAGCGGUAGAGUCAACUUUUUUUUGGUGGGGGAGGAGGAAGAUUUCAUGGGUGAUACAUUGUGCUUCCUAUCGCAUUCGUUUGCGUUAUCAGCGAGGAAGGAGUGUCUGAGUUUUGUGACAGCCUAAGCCGAGCCUAGUGAGGGUUGAGAUGGCAGCCUAAUCCGCUCAUCACGAAGUUCCCCCAAGAGCCUCUCUCUGUAGUGGUGAAAGCCUUUCCUGGAUUUAGAUCGCCUGCAGCCAUUCCCGAAGUUUCGGCUUGCAAAGUGGCAGUUUUUCGAAAUCUUGCCAUUCCUUCAACAUACAUUAGCUGGGAGUCUUGUGAGAAAGAACUUGCCCUCGUCAGCCAUUUGACUACCCUGAAAUAGAGUUUAUACAGGAAAGUCAAGAAAAACUGCUUAAUUCUUUCCCUCUAUUUUCAGAAUACAGUAAUGAGUUCGUGGCCUAGCAACCUCCGAAGUUCCUUUCCAAGUUGCCAAAGCAAAGGAGAUUUGGUGAUGGAGGCUUUGUUGGAAGGAAUGCAAAAUCGGGGGCAUGGUGGGGGGUUUUUGACAUCGUGUGAAGCAGAACUACAAGAGCUCAUGAAACAGAUCGACAUCAUGGUGGCUCAUAAGAAAUCAGAGUGGGAAGGGCAGACCCACGCUCUGGAAACUUGCCUGGACAUCCGUGAGCAGGAGCUCCAGACCCUCAGGGGCCAGCUGGAACUGAAACACAAGGAGGUUGGAAGAUUGCAUCAGCAGAUGGAAGAACAUGAGAAAAUCAAGCAAGAGAUGGCUAUGGAGUAUAAGCAAGAGUUAACGAAACUACAUGAAGAAUUAGGCAGACUGAAAAGAAGCUAUGAAAAGCUGCAGAAAAAGCAAAUAAGAGAAUUCAGAGGAAAUGCCAAAAAUCACAAAGAAGAUCGUUCUGAAAUUGAGAGGUUAACUGGAAAAGUAGAGGAAUUCCGUCAGAAGUCGCUGGACUGGGAGAAGCAGCGUUUGAUUUAUCAGCAACAGGUGUCUUCUCUGGAGGCACAAAGGAAGGCGCUGGCUGAGCAGUCAGAGAUAAUUCAGGCUCAGCUUGCCAACCGGAAACAGAAGUUGGAGUCUGUGGAGCUGUCCAGCCAGUCAGAGAUCCAGCACCUGAGCAGCCGACUGGAGCGGGCCAACGACACCAUCUGUGCCAACGAGCUGGAGAUAGAGCGCUUGACCAUGAGGGUCAAUGACUUGGUUGGAACCAACAUGAACAUUCUGCAGGAGCAGCAGCAAAAGGAAGACAAGUUGAGGGAGUCUGAAAAACUGUUAGAGGCUCUUCAGGAAGAGAAGAAAGAACUGAAGGCCAGUCUUCAGUCCCAAGAAAAUCUCAUCCGUGAGGCAAGACUGCAGAAGGAAAGCCUACAAGCCAGAUUAAAGGCAGCUGACUCUCAGUGCACAGCAGAAGCCCCAAGGCUACCAGCGGGGUCUCAGGCGGAAAGGAAGGAGGUCUGUCCAGGGCAGGGGGACCUGGACAGUGUGCUCUCCCAGCUGGAUUUUACCCACAGCAGUGAAGAGCUCCUGCAGGCGGAGGUCACCCGUCUCGAAGGCAGUUUGGAAUCUGUGAGUGCAACGUGUAAACAGCUGAGCCAAGAAUUAAUGGAAAAAUAUGAAGAAUUGAAGAAGAUGGAAAUACAUAACAAUGAGUACAGGGCAGAGAUUAAGAAGUUGAAAGAACAGAUUUUACAGACUGAACAAAGUUACAGUUCUGCUUUAGAAGGAAUGAAGAUGGAAAUCUCCCAGCUAACAAGGGAGUUACAUCAACGAGAUAUCACCAUUGCUUCUGCUAAGUGUUCCUCCUCAGACAUGGAAAAGCAGCUGAAAGCAGAGAUGCAAAAAGCAGAAGAAAAAGCAAUAGAGCAUAAGGAGAUUUUGAGUCAGCUGGAGUCACUCAAGUUAGAAAAUCGUCGUCUUUCUGAAACAGUAAUGAACUUGGAAUUGGGCUUACGUGAGGCAAAAGAGAUCUCACUAGCAGAUCUUCAGGAGAAUUAUAUUGAUGCAUUAAAUAAAUUAGUGUCCGAAAAUCAGCAACUACAGAAAGAUUUGUUGGAUACCAAAUCUCAGCUGGAGAUUUCUACUAAGAUGUGCAAAAAAAAACCUGACAGAACUUUCAAACCAACACAGAGCAGAACAGCUGAGUUCGAGGAAACGGAGUUCAAGCCAACCCACAGCCAGCGCAGGCCUGGUGAGGCAAAGACUGAGCACUACAAAGCAGGUCGGCAUCCCCCCCGAGGACAGCCGGCGGACAGCCCUGAGCCCCUGGCCAGGGUCCUCAGCCCCCUGACUUCUCCGAUCAGCCCUUGCAGCUCCACCGUCUCUUUGCCUUCUUACUUUCUGUGUCAGACUCACUCUUUGCCUUCCACACUAGAUAUGAAUGAAGCCAACUUUUCUGACAGUGUAUCUGAGAGUAUGAAUGACCAAGAGGAGUUUAUGUCUUCGUCUUCUCUGCCUGUGUCCCCGCUUGGCUCAAUAGCUACCCGGUUUUUGGAAGAGGAGGAGCUGCGGUCUCAUCACAUUCUGGAGCGACUGGAUGCGCACAUUGAAGAGCUAAAAAGAGAGAGUGAAAAGACAGUGAGACAGUUCACAACCCGAAUGUAGCCUCCGAGCAAGUCAGAAACGUGCACGUGUAAACACCCGAGAGUUACUGUCAUCUGGACUAGCAGCUCUUUAAAAACACAAACAUAAAGUUUUACAGAUAAUACAUACUAAAGCAGUGGUGAUGAAAUCGAAAACACGGACGCCUCUGACUUUUUACAGUGCACUGGUUUGUUUGAAGGACUUCUUCCAGCAAUAACGUGUGAAAAUAAACCACUUUGCAGACUUUUUUCUUAUACGAAUAUUUAUUAUCAUAAAGCGAUACUUUCUCUUGCCGACUUCAGUAUGAAUAGCUUGUACUAAUAAAGAUUUCUGUGA